AUGGCCGCCAUGUGGAUGGCCACCAGCCUGCUGGUGUGGGCCCUCGUCCCGGGAAUCCCGCUGCUGCACGCCCUCGCCAUCGGCUCGUGCGUCACCCCCACAGACCCCGUGCUGUCCGCCGUGAUUGUCAAGGGCAAGUUCGCCGACCACAACGUGCCCAAGGACCUACAGAAGAUCAUCAUCGCCGAGUCGGGCGCCAACGACGGGCUGGGGUAUCCGUUCCUAUUCUUUGCGCUGUACUUGAUCAAGUACAUCGGGGACGGGGCCACGCCCGGGGACGGCGGCGCGCGCGUGGCGAUGGGGAUGUGGUUUGGCGAGACCUGGGGGUACACCAUCCUGCUGAGCGUGGCCUACGGCGCGGCGGUGGGCUGGGUGGCCAAGGAGCUGCUGCACUGGGCUGAGGAGCGCAAGUUUGUGGACCGUGAGAGCUUCCUCGUCUUCGCCAUCUCCCUCGCUCUCUUUAUCGUCGGGACGUGCGGCAUGAUCGGCAGCGACGACGUGCUCGCCUGCUUCGUCGCCGGCAACGUCUUCACCUGGGACGACUGGUUCCGCCUCGAGACCCUCGACGACUCGCUGCAGCCGACCAUCGACAUGCUGCUGAACGUGUCCAUCUUCAUGUGGUACGGCGCCGUGUGCCCGUGGGAUUUGUUUUUGCACAACGAGGUCGUGCCCAUCGGGAGGCUGAUUGCUCUGGGGGUGCUGGUGCUGCUGUUCCGCCGCCUGCCGUGGGUGUUUGCCAUCCACAAAUUCAUCCCGCAGAUUGAGGAGGUGCGACAGGCCAUCUUUGUGGGCUUCUUCGGGCCCGUGGGCGUGUCGGCCAUCUUUUACCUCUACGUCACGCUGGAAUUUCUUCAUACGCUAGAUGUGGACGGCGACGCGAGGGCUGAUGUCAAGGCGCUGCCCGAGGCGGUUACCGUGGUCGUGUGGUUCAUUGCGAUUUGUAGUAUCCAACCGGGAGGGGAGUCGGGGGAUGAAGCCGGAGAAGGGAGUAGACGUUCCGUGUUCAGAAUCGGGGGCUCCAUCAUCCCUCGACGACAGGAGGCGAGGGGAGACGUGGCGCCUGGUCGAAAUGAAAUACCGGAUUCUAACAAGAACUCCUCAACCGAUGCAGUGGGAAGCGGACAAGAGACGGUAGUUGAGAGUUCGGUGCAGUACAUUUCUCGGACGGUUCGGUUCCCUGACGAACCGCCGACCACUGUUGCCCAGGUGGCAGGCCCUUCUGGGCAAUGA